AUGCUCACCAGCCUCGACGCCCUCGGCCAAAAGACGGCGCAUCCGCCGUCAUUCCUCUCAAGCGCCCUCGAGGGGUGCGAGGGGCUGAUCCAACGAGCACACCUCGAGCACCUCUCCUCCAAGGCGUGCCCGCGCGACGAGGGGCCGUCCGACGGCGGCGGCUCCGACGCCGAGGACGGCUACGACCAGUCCGGCAGCCAGCCUGACGACUCCGAGUCGGGCGACUGCGACACCGACAGCGCUCGCGACGACUCCACGAGCGAGCAGACCGGAGUCCCCCGAGACGACGACGACGAUACAGUUCAAUUGGCACCGGUCGCUGACCUCAAACGCGGUUCAUCGAUGUGGGCGCACGACAACAACCAGGAGCCCGCGUCACGCUGGCUGUGGCAGUCCGGCAGGGACGCCUGGACAGCAUUCGCACCCAACCAGGCUUCUGCGCUCGAGCAGGCCUGGGCCACGGGAGGCGGAGUGGUGAGGAUUGAUGCCGAGCGGCAAUGGUCCCGCGUCCUGCCGAGCAGUGUGAACACCGACUCAGUGAGCCUGGACGAGCUGCUCUCCGCUGGCGAGCUGGAGGGCGCGACGCAGCUGCACCUCCACAACUUUCUUUUCGACCUCGACUUCGUCUUCGAGACGUGCCCGGCCCUCGGCUCCUUUGUCGCUUCGGGCGGCCUCGUCAAGGUUUUCCACGGCGACGGCCGACCGCCUCGCAGCGUUGCGGCCACCACGAUGCCCGCUGCAGUGGAGUGCUUUGAGCCGCCCACAGAGCAGUUUGGGACGAUGCACUCAAAGUGCAUCGUCGUGGUCCGCCCCUCGCGGCUCUCCGUGCACGUGGUCACGGCCAACUUCAUCUUUUCGGUCGCACGGGACUGGCACAACAAGACGAACGGGGUCUGGUCAGGCAGCUUCCCGCGGCUCGACGCCCCGCCGCCACGUCCGGCGGCAGGGACGUUCGGCCUCGACCUUCUCGAGUACUACGAGGCAGUGCGCGCGAUCGGCGCCGACAAGCCGGGCAGCUGGUCGAGCUCGGACCAAGACGGCGCUCCGCCGCGCUGGCGGGCGCUCGACGUGAGCGGCGCGCGCGCGCGGCUGGUGGCGUCGGUGCCCGGCACGUCCGGAGCAACCGCCGGCAGGCACACUGGCGAGCACAUCCAAAAGCGCGUGAGGGGGCUGCUCGCCGCCGAGGGCCUCGCCGUCCCCCUCGACGACCCAGUCCUCGCGCUCCAGUUCUCGUCGCUCUCGUCGGUCGGAAAGAACGACACGUGGCUGCGCGAGCUCGUCGCGUCGCUCUGCGGCGGCUCCGCCGUGAUGCCGCGCCUGCGCGUCGUCUACCCGACCCGGGCGCAGCUCUACAUCAAGUCCUACGAGCUCGGCGUGCUCGUUCUGCCCUCCCUGCAGCCGGCAGGGCGGCAGUCCCUCGUCGCCACUUCGGCCGCGCCGCUGGUGGGCGAGGAGAGCGCGACCCUCGUGCCGCUGCCGUACACGCUCCCGCCGACGCCGUACGCCUCGAGCGACGACGCGUGGUCCACGGACGGCCACACCGCCCUCACCGGGUACCAACCCUCGCGUGACGCCCACGACCGCCACGGCUUCCACCCGGGCUUGAACCCGCCGCCUGUCCACAUGUACGGCCUCAAAGCCACCGGCCGCGUGCUCGCGGAGCGCGAGGCGGCGCGCCGCUCGAGCAGGAGGCUAGGCAGGGGCCGCAUCGCGUUCGCUGAGCUGUAA